CUUCCUUUUCCCCAUCUCCGUGCGCCGGUCUCUCGCGAAACGCGACCCAUCUCGCGCAUCCACCCCCACCGCGCGUCCGCCAUGAAGGACCCCUUCGAGGCGGCCGUCGAGGAGCAGGACUCGCCGCCGGAGUCCCCUGCGCCGCCCGACGAGGACGCCUCUGCCGCGGGACCCGCGGACGCCGACGACUACGACGGCAGCGGCCCGCGAGCCCUGCCGCCGCAGCGGCCUUUGUCUGUGGCCGCGCCCCAGGCGUCGCUCGCUGCGGCCGCUGCCAGGGCCAAGGGGCGGGUGCAGAAGGAGCAGGACGAUGACGACGAGGAGGAUGACCACAUGGAGGUCGACCUCGAGAAGCUUCCCUCCAGCACUGGCGACCCCGACAAGCUAGCCAAGAUGAAUGCUAUACUGUCCCAAUUUACAGAACAACAGAUGAACCGAUAUGAGUCAUUUCGGAGAUCUGGAUUCCAGAAAUCUAACAUGAAAAGGUUAUUAGUGGGCAUCACGGGAAGUCAAAAGAUUUCUAUCCCAACGUCAAUCGUGGUAUCAGGAAUAGCAAAAAUGUUUGUUGGCGAACUGAUUGAAACAGGCAAAAUAGUUAUGACUGAGAGAAAGGAUUCUGGACCCAUUAGGCCUUGCCACAUCAGGGAAGCGUACAGAAGAUUGAAGCUUGAAGGCAAGAUCCCACGGCGAUCUGUUCCUAGGCUCUUCCGCUAGAACUGAAGCACCUCCAUGGAUCCAAGUCGUGGAAAUUUGGCUGUGCAUUUUCUGUGUGCUUCCACGGCCCUUUUCAUUCAUCAUUGCGCCAAAAUUGCUCUAGGGAAAACAAAGAACAAUACUAAGUGCAGGCUCAUGCACUAUGAUUGUGAGACUUAUCCUGAGUUUAACCCCAGGAUAAGGGGUGUUAACACUUCA